AUGUCCAGUAUUUUUAUUGGAAUAGUCUUUCUUUUGAACAUGGGAUAUGUGUAUUCUCAUACACCUAGCGUUCGAGAAACAAAAGAUCUUGAUUCAACAUUGAAAAAGCCGAUUCUCAACGCUUUAAUGGAAAGAAUUGAAGUUGACACUAGUUGGGAAGAAUCAAUGCUCGUUGCACCUAUGACAAUACAGUUAUUAGCACAGUUACUUAUUGUUUCUAGCACAAAGGAAGUAUCUCUUCGUGCAUUUUCACCAAAUCGUACAUUUACUUAUAUUCAACGCCCGGAUUCGUUUCGAGCCACACUUUUACAAUUGUCACAUGAAGGCUACAAAGCAUUUUUGAGCGGUGAUUCAACGAUGCACAUGAUCCAGCUGAGAAUGAUUCAAAUACCAAAGCAUAUCAGAACUGCACUGAAACUUCUUGCUGGAAAAUUUCCACAACGUACUAUAGCUCGUUUAUUACCCCGAGUCUUGAAAAAUAUUGAAGAUACCGGUAAUGAAUGUGUCGCAGAAACAAACAAGACAAGGAGAGAAUUCGAGCGAGUAAUGGACCUUCUUGCAGAAGUGAUUCAGUCCACAGCGGAAACAGAAAGCAAUCAUAUACAACACGUGGAACAAAAUGAAAGAGAAAUGCAAGUACUGCGCGAGCAGAAGGAAGGCCUAGAGAAACAAGAGAAAAUACGCGCUGAAUAUCAUAAACAAGCGACUGAGGCAGCGAAUAGAGCUGAAUCAGUCUAUUACAAAGCCUUGAAUGAUAUACCGACGGGAUACAAAGCUAUACUACGGGAUUUCGUUGGUGGCAUGCUCAAAGCCGUAAAUUUAGCCGCCGAAUCCGCUGCUUUCAUGUUGAGUGGUUUCACAGGAAGAAGAUCAUCGGGUUCUUCGGCUGGUGGCGCUGCAGGAUUCGUAGGAAAUAAUGGAGGCCAAACACCNCAAUUGAUGUUUGAAAUGCUCGCGUAG